UUAAAUGAAUUGGUUAUUAGAAAAAUAUGGAAUAAAUUUGCCAAAUAUGAAAGAUCAUCAUAAGGCGUUCACAUUGAGGUCAUUUUAAUCAAAAUGAUUCUUCUCAAUAAAGUCUGAGAGACCACUAUCUGCACUCAUCAUGUUUAGAUCGUCAAAUAGAUUAUUUUUAACACUUUUCUUAGCAGAUCUUUCUUUAGUACUCUUUGGCGUACUAACCGGUGUUAGCUUAUGAUUAACUUUCCCUUUCGGAGUAGAGUAUUUGUUCUCCUUGCUUCUUUGAGAUUUGGAAAUCUUACUUCCUCUGCUUGAAAUUCUUGAUGAUUUCCGACUCUUUUGAACUACAGAUUCUUCGCUCCAUGCAAGCUUGAUUGGAGGGAGUGCUUUUCUCUUAGUUCCCAUUCAUCCACCCAUUGCUAAAAUAUCGAGUUAAAUUUAUA